CGCUCUGUUGUGCCAUCGUCGUCCGCGUGGUAUCCGCGAAGGAACUUCGUUCACCCGGGGGGUCAUCGCGGAAUCAUUCCGGUCCUGGCCGCCGGAUCGAUAAUCAUCUUCGUUCGCCUUGCACGCGUGUUACGGACGUAUCAAACCCAGUCAUCGAUGGACACUGUGCGUCAAGGUUCAUGUUCCUAUGGCCGAAGAAUGUCGCUGACAGCGUUGUUCCUGCUGGGCCCCGCGCUCGCCAACGGAUUUCUAUUCGGCUUCCGACCGGUCACGCCGAAGGACGAGGACAGGCGUUUCAACGUGUACUGGAACGUGCCCACAUUCAUGUGCCACAAGUACGGCAUGCGUUUCGAGGAGGUGUCCGAGGUGUACGGGAUCCUUCAGAACAAGAUGGACGAGUUCCGGGGGGACAAGAUCGCGAUCCUCUACGACCCGGGGAUGUUCCCAGCGUUGCUGAAGGAUUCGGACGGACGGGUCGUGCCGAGGAACGGCGGCGUCCCGCAGGAGGGCAACCUCACCAAGCAUCUGGAGAUCUUUCGGAAGCACUUAACCGAGCAGAUACCCGACGAGUCGUUUAACGGCGUCGGCGUGAUCGAUUUUGAAAGUUGGCGACCGAUCUUCAGGCAGAACUGGGCUUCCCUUCAGCCGUAUAAGGACUUCUCCAUUGAGUUGGCGCGGAAACAGCACCCGUUCUGGAGCAGCCGGGCGGUGGAGCAGGAAGCGAGGCGCAGCUUCGAGAAGUACGGGAAACUUUUCAUGGAGGAAACAUUGAGGGCUGCCAAGGAGAUUAGACCGUCCGCCAGCUGGGGCUACUACGCUUAUCCCUACUGCUACAAUCUGACACCGAACCAGCCCAGCUCGCAAUGCGAUAGGUCGACCGUGCUGGAGAACGAUAAAAUGUCAUGGCUGUUCGAGCCGGAGGAUGUUCUUCUGCCGUCGGUCUAUCUGCGGCUCAGUCUGUCCAGCGGCGACAGAGUGGGCCUGGUUGGUGGCAGGGUGAAAGAGGCCCUCCGUAUAGCCAGACAGUCGACGCCCCGGAAAAAGAUCCUCCCCUAUUACUGGUACAAGUACCAGGAUCACAGGGACACCUAUUUGAAUAAGGCUGAUCUCGAGGCGACUCUCCGGAAGAUCUCGGAUCUCGGCGCGGACGGGCUCAUCAUUUGGGGAAGUUCUAACGACGUCAACACCAACGAUAGGUGCCUGCAGUUCAGGGAAUACCUGAACAACGAGCUGGGCCCGGCCGUCAGUCGCGUCAGGCAAACCGCGCUCGGCUACAUCCACAACGUCGCCGGUCUCGCGAACAAUCAGACGAACGUCAGCGUCGAUCAAGUAUGAUUCGCGUGAUGUUGUUUCGAGCGGCCGGACGUUCGAAGAGUGGCACGAAGUUCCCCGCGAACUUUGAUCCUUGUAAUAUAUUCGAGCCAGCGACUCCGACAUUAGAGGCCACUCUCCGAAGGUGUCACGCGAAAUCGUGAUCGCGCGCGCCCGAUCGGUUAACACAGUGAUGAACCGUUCGGGGAGGUCCUAACCGCUUUGCGUGUAUAAUUUACCAUGUUACCCGUGACGCGCGCGCGUCGGAGACGGUCGACCUUCGACGGCGAAAGACAUAGUACAUCGCUGGAGCCAAAGACGAAACCGCGCGAGACGUCAGCGACGGUGGAAAUAAAUUCCCUGGGGAGCUAACUCGUCUU